UUCGGUUUCCUCGCUCUCCGCACUGUUUAGCGGGUCACGUGAUCUCUGUAGAAGGGGCGCGUGUCAACGCAUGCGCAGUGCUCGGGACUAAAUGACCACCUUAACCCAUGACAACGCCAAGCAUCCUUUGUUUGGUCAGACGGCAGCUGUCUUGGAAAGCAUGGAUUCCAGGGAGGGAGAUUAGGUUUCUUUAUCCAUUGAAUGUUGCAAUAUUAUCCCAGGCAGCAGAAAAGAAAAAUGCUGCCUUUGAUCUCAUAGACCUCAAGGAGACAGACUUAGAGGAGCAGUUUGUCAGGGGACAUGGCCCAGGAGGGCAAGCCACCAAUAAAACCAGUAACUGUGUUGUACUGAAGCAUAUUCCUUCUGGAAUUGUAGUGAAAUGUCACCAGACCAGAUCCGUGGAGGUAAAUAGGAAAAAAGCACGAGAUAUACUGCAGGAGAAAAUAGAUGUUUUCUACAAAGGAGAAAAUAGUGAUAUCCUCAAACAUCGGGAUGAGGCAGAGAGAAGGAAGCAAGAAAAAAGGAAAAAGGCAAAAGAAAUUUUGGAAAAGAAGAAACUCCUGAAGGAAAUACAAAUUUCAGGAGACAAGAACUAAAGCUGAAUGAUGGAGCCAGAGGGGUUGACCUACUAGUUGUUGAUGUGGUUUAGUUUAUAACAGCGCAGAAAUAAUAAAUCCUGUAAUGUUAAUGU